CUCUCUCUUUCCUCCUUCCUCCUUCCCUUUUACCCCUUUCCUCCUCCCUCCUUUUCUCUCCUUAACACACCACCCUCCCCCUCAUCAGUUGCGUGAUUUGGUCGUGGUCACGCGACCAAAUCGUGCAAGGGGAGGAGGAGGGUGGCGGGGAAGGAAGAGGGGAAGGGGGAGCAGCCACGGAUUUAAGGGGGGGCUGGUGGGGGCUUAAGCCCCCCCCUGCAGGUCUAGUCCUGAGGUUGGUUCCAGUGAAAUUUGAUGCCAGACUUUAAGCUGGACUUUAGGCCGGACUUCUGUCUGAUCUUUUGCGAUUGCUUGGCGCAGAAACUACUCCGUCUUGCUAAUUUAUAUCCUGAAGACUUCUCAAGUAACGAUUAUUUAUAUCUUGAGUCUCAACUUCGAAAUUAUAUUUAUAAUGUGCAACGCGAUCCUCAAUUUUCAGAAGUUGGAGAUUUGGGAAGUCUUGCUCAACAAAUGGUUAAAACUGGUAAAAAUACAGUUUUUCCAUUGGUUUAUCGUCUGAUCCAGUUGGCAUUAGUUCUACCAGUUGCGACUGCUUCUGUUGAAAGAGUAUUUUCUGCAAUGAAUAUUGUCAAGACUGAUUUGCGCAACAAAAUGGGAGACGAGUGGAUGAAUGACUGUCUGGUUGUAUACAUCGAGAAGGAUAUUUUUGCAACAAUUGAAAAUGAGCAAAUAUUGCAGCGUUUUCAACGGAUGAAGACUCGCAGAAUGCAAUUGCCUCCUCUUCGUUAUUCGAGUGCAACAACUACCAAUACUUCAAGUGUUAAUCAAUAACAAAUUUUUGGGUAUGUAUAAUUAUAUGUUUUUAU